AUGGUGGGUUCGCUGUUUCCCUCCUUCGCGGCCGUUGCCGUAGUAGCCUUGCUGCACAGUCUCGCCGUGCCGCCAGCCUAUUCACAGGGAAAUCUUGCCUUCCUGCUAUGCUCAGGAGCCAACUACACCGCCGACGGCCAGUACGAGUCCAACCUCCACCGUCUUCUCACCGAAUUCAAGGCUGUGCCGCCCACCGCAGACAGGGGCCACUACAGAAACGCGUCCGUCGGCGUCGACGGCUUCCACACUGCCUACGGCCUCUUCCAGUGUCGCGGUGACAUCGUCGCUGCUGACUGCACCGUCUGCGCCAACCGGUCCGUCUCGGAGGCCAUCCUCCGCUGCCCACUCCGGCGGGGCGUUGCCAUCAUCUUCGAUAACUGCGUCCUGCGCUACUCCGACCAGCGCUUCUUCGGCGCCAUGGACGUUGGGGGGCUGCGUAGUUUUUAUAACGUGAAUAAUGCUUCCGACCCGGCGUUGUUCGACAAGCAGUUGAUGGAGCUCAUGACCGAUAUUGUCUCACUAGCGGCGACAGGGAGCUCCCGGUUCGCUGUUGGGAUCAAGAACUACUCGAGUUCCAUCGACAUAUACGGGUUAGUUCAGUGCACGCGAGAUCUCUCGGCGUCUGUCUGUGACGAGUGCCUCCGGUUUCUGCUUGGUAAUCUAGUGAGGGGAGGGAGUGUAGGGGGCCAGGUCUACGCCCCAAGCUGCACCCUGGGGUUUGAAAUCAGGCCCUACUUCUCUUUCUCCGUCGUUCCUCCGCCUCCCUCCCUAGCGAGUCCGGUGGAGGGUCCUGCACCAAGCGGUGGCACCAGCUUGCCCAUCGGUGACCCCGGAAGCGAAGGUGAAGAAACCCUGCAACUUUGCUGUUACGACAUCAUUCUUCGGCGGACAUCGAUGGCCAGGGAUGGCAAUACUCACGGCUAUCUACAUAUCACUAAGUACUUCAGCAUAACCUUCCUAGAUUCGCCAUUCUUCUUUCUCCGUUGACUACUCUUUCAGCUCCUCCAGGAAGUUCCUCCUUUUCUUGUUUUCUAUUUUAAGCAAAUAACUGUCUGAGUCUCUCGAUGUUGACUCCACAGCUGUCUUUCUCACGCCAAGGGUUCUUUCCGUCGGGGAAAUUUCCCAUUCCCUUAAACUGCUCUGUUCGAUCUGUGUCCCAUCCCCUCUACCUUUGGUAGGGUCUUCCUUGCCUGCCAUCGCCCUUGGUGCCAGUCCCCGCAUCCCUUUCGUUCCGCCGAGCUUCCCCAACCUUUCCCCAAAUUGCGAUGUCCACGGCGGUCGGCCUCCAUCCCAUAGAGCAGCAACCCAUCCCAGUCUCCCCGGCCCUAGAUCUCUUCAGUGGGAUUGUAAUUACCUCCAUCCUCCUGCGAAAGCACCUCACACUAUAACCCCUCAGCCUCGCAGGCUCUUGAUCUCUUCGAUGGGAUUGCAAUUACCACCAUCCUCCGGCUAAAGCACCUCACGUUACAACCCCUCUGUCUCGCAGUCUCGUAGGCCCUUGAUCUCUUCAAUGGGAUUGCAAUUAUCUCCAUCCUCCUGCGAAAGCACCUCACGCCAAAACCCCUCGGUCUCGCAGUCUCGCAGGCCCUUGAUCUCUUCAGUGGAAUUGCAAUUACCUCCAUCCUCCUGCAAAAGCACCUCACACGACAUCCCCUCAGUGUCCAACACUUGGUGGGUCUCUUCCUGGCUCAGGCGGGAUUGUAGACAGCAAGCAUCCAUCGGCAAGGCAGACGCUUUGUUCACUGUUGGCAUCGGUGCGCAGGUCACCGCCGUCGCCGCCGUUAGGGCAAUCAUCCCUCAAUUCGCUUGUUGCCCCUCGUUGUGUUUCGAAGCACGAUGAGGCCGAGGGACGCGCAUCCUCUCGUCACCAUCACUGUCACUGGCACCCCUUCUUGUUCUCUGUCAAAUCAUGAAUUUCUCAAUGGCCUUUUAACCCAGUCCUCUCCAGGUCUAGAUUUAUAAUUGGAGAGUAUUUCUUGGCUCAAACAGAAGAUUUUUGAAUUUCAUCCUUUGCCGAGUACCUUGAAGAUUUCCUUAUCAAGCCGUCUGAUAUCCUUUCCUUUCGUCAUUCCAUCCAAAUAUCCUCGAUGCUAUUUCUAAAUAAAGUCAUUCACUCGUAGAGUUGAGUGUUCACUUUCUCCAUGAUAAAUAUCGCGAUAAAUGCAGUUAUCACUAAUUUUUAGUGGCAUUAUCAGUGUUACUAUCUCACCGAGUUAACUACCUUCAAAUAAAUGAAUAAAAUUUAGUUUCUUACAGUGCGUUUAUCUCAUUUGGUUUGGUGGUUGUCUGUGGGUCUUGCAGAGAAGAAAUCCAAACCGUCGAGAAUCCUUGUUAUAGUCGUCAUUGCACUGGCUGCGGCCGUAUUUCUCCUCCUCGCCGUAGUCAUUUAUCUACUAAGAAGACCCAUGGGAAAAACUUUUCCGAGUGAGCAACUCAUUAUCUGUAUAAGAAAAAAAAAGUUUAACUCAAGUCGAGUGCUUUCCUACAGUUCUUUGACCAAUUUGAUUUCAUUUUCGUGCCCUUGUCGUAGAUGAUCCGGAUGAUAUAAAUGAAGACUCACUGCAGUAUGACUUCAGAACGCUAAGAACUGCAACAGGGAACUUCUGCGAGGAAAAUAAGCUUGGGCAAGGCGGGUUUGGGCCGGUCUACAGGGUAGUCCUUUUCCUAACAGAUAUUACUUUCUCACUUCCAUAUUUGCCUUCACCAGAAUUUUGAGGCUUGAAGGUGUCUAAUAACUUGUAGGGAGUUCUGCCUGAUGGACGACAAAUUGCCGUAAAAAGGCUCUCCAGAGGUUCAGGACAAGGGUUGACUGAGCUGAGAAAUGAAGUGGUUUUAGUGGCUAAACUUCAUCAUAGAAAUCUUGUAAGGUUGUUGGGUUUCUGCUUAGAAGAGGAGGAGAAGAUGGUGAUCUAUGAAUAUCUACCUAAUCAAAGCCUCGAUAAAUUUUUAUUCGGUGAGCCAGUACUCGAUAUUAUACUCUUCACGCAGUUCUGGCUCGUUCGCUUGGACUAAGUGUACAACAGUUUUUGGUUGCAGUAUUCUUCCCUAAAAUAAUCCUUGUAUUCGUACAUAAUCCCAUUUUGUUAUCCCGUUCUAAUCCCACCCCUACCACUACAGAACAAACUCCUCUGAUCCCUACGAUGAUGAUCCAUGACGUAUUUGUAUUACCAAGAAGUAAUUUUUUUUCCUGAAUUGGCAGAUCCCGUGAAACGCUUGCUGCUUAAUUGGGAAAAGAGACUGAAACUGAUUGAGGGAAUCGCUAGAGGGCUUGUCUAUCUUCACGAAGAUUCCCGACUCCGGAUUAUCCAUCGAGAUCUGAAAGCGAGCAACAUACUGUUAGACGGAGACAUGAACCCUAAGAUUUCUGACUUCGGUCUUGCGAAGCUUUUCCGCGUGGAUGAAACUCACGGAAAUACGAACCAGAUUGCGGGAACUCAGUGAGUGCCAAUCUUUUCUAUAGCCUUGACCACCUAGAGAAUUUUGUCUUUCAUUCUUUGGCUUACUCUUAUGAACAUCCGCUCCUUCAUUGAAGUGGUUACAUGGCACCGGAGUAUGUGUUUCAUGGCCAGUUUUCUGCGAAAUCCGAUGUCUUCAGCUUUGGCGUUCUAAUGCUCGAGAUUGUAACGGGUCGACGAAGCAGUGGCUUUAGAGAAUCUGAGGAUACACUUGACCUUCUGAGCCAUGUAAGUUAGUUCGAUCGUUUUCUGUUGUAGAAAGCGAGAUAACGUUGUUUCUGUUGAUCAUUCGUUAUUUUGUGAAUAGGUGUGGAAUCACUGGAAUCAAGGGGCAGUGCUCCAAGUAGUAGACCAGAGUAUAGCAGCCCAAUGUCAAACAGCUGCGGUGAUGAGAUGUAUCCACAUCAGCCUCCUUUGUGUCCAAAAUGACCCAAUGACUAGACCAAACAUGUCAGAUGUAGCUCUCAUGAUGAGCAGCUUCUCGGUGUCACUUCGUGCUCCUUCCAGACCUGCUUUUCUUAUCACUGGAAGUAAUUCUGGAAUGUUGCCGGGGGAUGAAGGCUCGGAGUUUCACGAUAAUAUUGACCUACAAAAGAAGGAAGCUGAAUAUGAUGUCUCUAUCUCUGAUUUCGGGCCACGAUAG